AUGGCAAAUUAUCUAUACUUUUUGGUAAAAACUAUAUUUUGCCUUUUUAAUAAGAUUUUCAAAUGUACUUUCCUUAAUAUACCAUCAUUUAAUCAUCGGCUAAGUACUAACUUCAGCUUAUCAUUGAAUCAAGAUGAGCAGAAAUUUAACAGCAAGCUUAACCACCAAGAGAUUUCUUUUUCUUGCAGGCUACAAGGAAAAGUGGCAAUAAUCACCGGUGGGGCAAGCGGCAUUGGCGAGUGUUGCGCAAGGCAGUUUGUGAAACAAGGAGCCAAAGUAGUGAUCGCUGAUAUCCAAGAUGAACUUGGCCGAUCCCUCUGUAAACAAAUUGGUUCAGAAGAAACAACUUUCUAUGUUCACUGUGAUGUUUCCUCGGAUUCUGAUGUCCAAAACGCUGUCGAUUUGGCCGUCUCCAAGUACGGAAAGCUAGACAUCAUGUUUAGCAAUGCUGGCAUGGGAGGAAAAACAGGGCCCGGUAUUUUAUCUACCGAUAAUGAAGAUUUCAAAAGGGUUUUUAAUGUCAAUAUGUUUGGCGCGUUCUUGGCAGCCAAACACGCUGCUAGAGUCAUGAUUCCGGAAAAGAAAGGUUGCAUUCUGUUUACUGCAAGUAUCGCCGCGGUUACCUGUAUGCAUUCUGCUCAUCCAUAUGUUGUAUCGAAAUAUGGAGUGAUUGGUUUGACAAAAAAUCUGUGUAUAGAAUUAGGACAACAUGGCAUACGGGUGAAUUGUAUCUCGCCAUACGCAGUUGUAACUCCGCUAGUGCAGAAAUCGAUGGGAUUAAUGGCGGUAGAGAAGGAGAAGAUCGAAAAAUUGGCGUCGGAUGCAUCAAAUUUGAAAGAAGCGGUGUUAGAAGCUGAAGAUAUAGCAGAGGCAGCUAUUUAUUUGGUAAGUGAUGAAUCUAAGUAUGUGAAUGGAAUAAAUCUUGUUGUUGAUGGAGGUUUUAGUGUCACUAAUCCUGCCUUUGAAAUGGCUAUGAAAAACUUGCAUACUUCUUGAGCUAUUGGAGAAUCAGGAUAUCACCUAAGAAUCUAUGUUAUUUGUUGUAAUUCCAUGCUACCAUAUGCUUCUUAUUUACUACU